ACUUGAACUGCAAUAGAAGCACAGUAAGAAAGAAGCGACCUGCUGCACUGUUUGGGAACCGCAUAGUAUGGAGAGUUAGUGGUUGUGCAAUUGUGUUUUAAUGGUCUUUGUGUUCAAAGUGCUACGUUGAGUGGUCGGUGUCCGUGUUUAAGGCUGAAGUCUCGUCCCGUGGUGCCCUCUUCAGUCCUUCUCCUCCGGACCUGAGUACCUCGGUCCUCCUCUGCCCUCCUUCCUCUCUGUGUCUCUGGAGGUCUGAAGAUGUCUGAAGCCCCGCUGUCAGAGCUCCACAACCAGGAGAACAUGGUCUCCCGGCUCCGAGGAGCCGCCAAGAGCCGGGCUCCGGCCCCGGAGAAUCGGGAGAACCUCCCGCCCAAGACCCGGGCCGCGGCCCCGGAGAACCAGGAGAACCUCCCGCCCAGGACGGUGCUCGGCGGCCUGCAGCAGAACGCUCCCAGCCGGGCUCAGAACCAGCGCGCCACCGGCAAACAGGGAGGCUCAUCCCAGCCGACCUGUAAGAAUGAGGACUUCAGUAAGAGCUGCGCGGAGAAGACCUCCAAGCAGCCCGUCUUCCAGAUCCACGUUGACGAGCCUGACUGCGCCGUCUCCAGGAGACCCGCCGCCCCAAGAGUGAAGCCCGCCGAGGGGUCCUUGCUGCACCCGGCCAUGACCCGCCUCCGGCAACCCCUCGCCCCCCUGGACCUCCCCUCCGCCAUGGACGUCAGCUUUGGCGACUCCCCCAUGGACAUGUCUCUGAUAGAUGGAGAGGAACGGGCCCAGGACCCCAGCGAGGUCCCUGAGUAUGCCAAGGAAAUCCACACCUACCUGAGGGAGGUGGAGGUGAAGAUGCGUCCCAAGGCGGGCUACAUGAAGAAGCAGCCCGACAUCACGGGCAGCAUGCGGGCCAUCCUGGUGGACUGGCUGGUGGAGGUGGGCGAGGAGUACAAGCUGCAGAACGAGACGCUGUACCUGGCCGUCAACUACAUCGACCGCUUCCUGUCCUCCAUGUCGGUGCUCAGGGGGAAGCUUCAGCUGGUCGGCACGGCUGCCAUGCUGCUGGCCUCUAAGUUUGAGGAGAUCUACCCCCCCGAGGUGGCGGAGUUUGUGUACAUCACGGACGACACCUACACCAAGAAGCAGGUCCUGAGGAUGGAGCACCUGGUGCUGAAGGUCCUCUCCUUCGACCUUGCCGCGCCCACCAUCAACCAGUUCCUGUCGCAGUACUUCCUGCACCACGCCCUCAACAAGAGGGUGGAGAGCCUGGCCAUGUACCUGUCGGAGCUGAGCCUGGUGGACUCUGAGCCGUUCCUCAAGUACCUCCCGUCACACACGGCCGCCGCCGCCCUCCUCCUCGCCCACCACACCAUCACAGGAGAGUCCUGGCCCGCGGCCCUAUGGGAGGUGUCGGGCUACUCUGUGGAGGACCUGACCCCGUGUCUCCAGGACCUCCACCAGAUGUUCCUCGCCGCCUCGCAGCACGCCCAGCAGUCGGUCCCCGACAAGUACAAGAGUGCCAAGUACCACGAGGUGUCUCUCAUCACCCCCCCGGCCACGCUGAACAUCUGACCCCCGCCCCCCACGUCUCUUCACCAGCACAUCGUAGACCAGCCACCUCGCCCACUUUUAGGGCGGCCGGCGGUUUAGGAAUUUUAACUCUAUUUUUCUACUGUCCUGUGGGGACUGGUUUUAACCGCUUCAGCGAGGUCAUCGCCUCGUUAAUCACGGUCCGUCUGCGGGCCGCGCCUGCGUGCUCUUCAUGCGAUGUACAAAAAAAAAAAUGCAUUUCUCUGCAGUCUUUCUAUUUUUUUUUAAAAUGUUUUUGUACCCGUCUCCACGGUGACGCCAGUUCUCCUCAGAGCCACAACAUGGCUUUACCAAGUGUUUGAUGUUCUGUACAUAUUUUAUACACACUGCCAGUCCGGUUGAAUGCAGUCCCACGUUGCCUCAGGGAUGCACCGCAAGUCUUCCAGCCCGCCCUCGGGGUCUGCUCUGUUGUCUCGGUCGUCUGUCACUCCACCUGCUCAGUUGUAAAUAAAUCCUACUGUAGA